AUGAAAUGUGAAUGCAUUCAUUUGAAUGAUUUACCUGAUGAAAUUCUUUUGAUUAUUUUAAAAAAAUUGAUCAAUACCGAAGUUCUUUACUCUUUAAUAGGUGUUAAUAAACGAUUAAACAAAAUUGUAUAUGAUUCUAAUUUUACUAGUAGAGUAGCAUUGAUAAAAUAUUCGUCAGAUGAUACUAUUCAUCCAUUACCUUGGCAAAUACUUGAUCGAUUUUGUUUACAAAUUUUACCUGAAAUUCAUCACAAAAUCGAAUGGCUUGAUAUUGAAUCAUCAUCUAUAGAACAUGUUCUUCUUUCUAGAAAUUAUUCAAAUUUAUCUGGGCUUGGCUUAUAUAAUCUUGGCAUAGAGGAAAUAAAACAACUCUUAACAGAUAAAAGUCUUUUAAAUGAUAUAGUUAAAAGUCAGAUUGUAUCACUUGCUAUUGGCAUUAGUGCGUGCAAAAUACCAUAUGUAACAUCAGAUAUAAUUAAACAUCUAUUUACACAGAUCUUUAUUAUGUUCACCGAUUUACAAUGUUUAACAUUUGUUCCAUAUUCUACAUGGCAUAAUCAGAUGAUAUUUGAUAUUUCCUCUUCAACAGUUUUCUCAUCGAAUCUAUUGGAAUUACAUGUCAAAUUGCAUAAUUUCACUGAUUGUCUUUACCUAGUUGAUGGUCGUUUCAGCCAACUCUGUACACUUGAUGUUAAUAUUUUUAUGAUUAAUUCGUCACAUUCAGUAAUUAAUAAUCAAGAAAAAUUGCCCAAUUUAAAAUGUUUUUCGCUAGAAUGCCAUUUGGUUGGGGAUGUUUAUUCAGAAUUAAUCGUAUCACUUCUACAGCGAAUGCCAAAUUUAGAACAACUCAAUUUGUAUUUCUUGAUCUUCGGUAGAAAAACAUUUAUUGAAGGAAAUAAUUUGAAAGAUAUUAUCAAUUAUAUGCCACAAUUGAAUAAAUUCAUGUUUAAUAUUCGUUCAAAUGUUUCUACUGAGAAUCAAACUAAUUUACCAUCAAAUGAAGAUAUUCAAUAUACAUUUAGAGAUUAUAAAAAUCAAAUUAUUUCUUCUAUUGAUUAUUUUCCAAAGAUACAAGACGUUGAAUGUCAUAUUUAUUCGCAUCCAUAUGUAUGGAAAGAUUAUAAGAAUGUUACAAAUAGUUUCUCCGGUGGAUUAUUUAAAUGUGUUCGUGAAGUAUUAUUAUUUGACGAACAUCCGUUUGAACAUGAAUUUUUUCUUCUUAUUAGUCAAUCAUUUCCAUUCUUGAAAAAAAUAUCUAUAGUUAAUGAAACAAAACAAAAUAAUCAAAGAUCUAGAAAAUCGAAUAGUGACGAUGAGAAUUUCUCAAUUAUUGAAUAUCCUCAUCUUAUUGUACUUGAUUUAUAUGAAGCUCAUAAUGAUUAUGUCAAACAGUUUCUAAUUGAUACUAAAACAUGUUUGCCAAAUGAUGUCUAUCUUUGCAUCAAUCAUAAAAGAUUGAAAAAGAUAACAAAUAAUUUCAAAAGAUAUGAAACUCGAAUUAAUUGUUCAAAAAUACGUUAUCCUGUGGACUAA